GUGCGUAAACUGUGCCAAGCCAAGGGGAUGUGUUUCAAAAUGGCGACUGUUGCUCCGCUCAGCACAUAUUUAAUCCAUUGAUAAUUAGCCAGAUAUGUGCCAGUCUGUCAAAAAUCUUUAAGGUACGGGUUAUUCUUAUACUUUUCACAAGAAGCGCAUCGUCAUGUCAGACUCUGAGGAGGAAAGUCAAGACCGACAGCUAAAAAUCGUGGUGAUAGGAGACGGAGCCUGUGGAAAGACAUCACUCACCACCAGGUUUGCACAGGAGGCCUUUGGGAAACAGUACAAACAGACUAUUGGUCUGGAUUUCUUUCUGAAGAGAAUAAGCCUUCCAGGUAAUCUGAACGUGACUCUACAGGUGUGGGAUAUCGGAGGGCAAACGUUGGGAGGAAAAAUGCUGGAUAAAUAUGUCUACGGGGCUCAUGGGGUCCUCCUCGUCUACGAUAUCACCAACUACCAAAGCUUUGAGAACCUGGAGGACUGGUACACAAUGGUGAAGAAGGCCAAUGAAGAAUCCGAAGUUCAGCCGGUCAUCUCGCUUGUAGGAAACAAAAUCGACCUGGAGCACAUGCGGACAGUGAAGGCUGACAAACACCAGCGCUUCUGCCAAGAGAACGGUCUCCUCAGCCAGUUUGUCUCAGCCAAGACAGGCGACUCUGUGCAUCUUGUUUUCCAAAAACUGGCUGCUGAGAUCAUUGGUAUAAAACUCAACAAAGCUGAGAUUGAGCAGUCUCAGCGUGUGGUGAAAGCUGACAUUGUGAACUACAGCCAGGAUUCGGUGACCCGGACAGUCAACCCCCCGCGCAGCUCCAUGUGUGUGCUGCAGUGACUUCCCAAAACAUCAAACACCAAUUGUGACCCAAAGGUGUAACAUGGUGCAUCAGUAUUGCUACUCUCAUAGUGACUGGUAGAUGAGCGCUGCCAGUUGAUGAGAUGAAAAACAGACUGUGUGGUUUUCAAGGGCCUGGUCUGUAGUUCGGAUAUUUACCAGGAAUGAUUUCUUGGGUGGUUCAGCGAAAAGUAAACGGAACCUCACUUUUAAAAGUUUACACGCAGCUAUGAAUUUCUUCGACUAUUAAUAUCUAGGCGAGUGGUAAAUACUUGAUUUGUGUGUUGGUAUUACGCUGGCUUUUCAGGAAAUACUGCUGCUGAUUAUUAUUUUAGAAUGACUGAAAAAUGCCAAUAUACAUUCCUAAUAGACAUCCACAGGACUGCAGAGUGAGCAGAUAGAAACAUGUAAAUGUGAUAUUUAUUAUUGCCAAUUAGAAGCUUACAUAAAUAUCUGUAGUUUUAUAAAUCACUGCUCAUAAAAGUGUAUAUUUUAAUUGGUCUUGGUCCCAUUAUUAUAUUCCUUUAAUUAAGGAAUUAUUCAGACAAUUAUUCAGUGUUGACAGUUAUCAUAAACUUACUUCCCAAAAUGGUUGGAAACUAUGGAAAAAGGGGAAAAAAAGUGGAAAGCACUUAACCGUACUUCAAAUAUAUUUUGUGCUACACUUUAUUCAACCUAUGCUAUCCAAUUUUGUAUUUAUUAUUUUAUUUUAUUUUUUACAAAUAAAACAAAAAAAUUGUAUUAUCUUUUAUAAGAUUUCAAAAUCAUCCACACAUUUCAUCCACUAUUCACAUUUGACAGUCUUUCAACUUUCUGUUCACUGUUUACUUCUUCAUUAGUGGAUUAUAGGAUUAUAGCAAAUGGCAUGAUUAAUCUGUGUAUUCCUUACCAUCUUACAAAAAGACAUCUGACCUAAUGAAGUACUGUAUAUUUGCCAUAUAUGUGUACAAUAUGUAUUUGUAUAGUAAAAUAAGCUAAGCCCAGUAGAAGACAUUCAGUUGUAUGGUUUUAUUUGAUUUAAUGACUUUGCAUGUGUUCAUUGUUUCUGAUUGUGUAGAAAAGAGAUGUAUAAACUUGGAUAUAUUUGUAUAGUUACAGAAUCACAAACACAUGCUUCAAAAUAAAGCGCUCUAUAGUC